CACUGAGUCCAAAUCCCGGUUCGCCAGUGAACUCUCUGCCGAACCAAAUCCCGUCCUUGUAUAUCAGUGUAAAGAAGCAGACAGUAGACUAGGACUCAAUUUCCAGUCUCUAUCUCAGCACAUUUAUUCAGCCGAUAUCCAGCCGACAUCAGCACAAGUCAGCACAGUCACAAAGUAAUACUCGAUUUCGUCAGAUCAUUAACAUCCACACACAUAUCAAUAGCAGUACCGCAAUAUCGUAAAUCAUAUACUUCAUAUUUGCGAUAAACACAACACAUCAACGUUUCUACAGCUUACAAUUCGAAUACUCGUCUCUUUGACAGCCAUAAGUCCCAGUAAAAACUUCCGUAUAUGUUGUAUUUCCCGAUAUAACCAUGUCCAACCAGUAUAUCUACAAUAGCUACCAGCAGUAUUCGCCCAACGUAGCCCACAACUCGUUGGCGGUGCUCCCAAACGCCAACACGAGCCCCACGUCGAAUCUUGCCUAUAUGUCACCUCCUGGCUCAGGCAACUCGUCUUUGGCUGGCAGCUUGUCUUCAUCUGCCACUUCCUCCACCUCCUCCAGUGGUUUGGGAGCAGCAUCGUCGCUAGCAGCUUCCAACUACUCGUUCCAUACUCCACGCUUGAGAUACUACUUGUCCAAGCUGUUUGAUGUAGAAGACGACUUGGAGUUCUGUCCAGACAUUCCAGACUCGCUCAACACCAGUCCCACCAUCAAGAAGUUCAACCCGUAUACGGCAUCUGUGUUCUCUCCUUCGCAGGAACUCAAUGGAACUUCCUCUGUGUCGUCCAACUCUUCUUCCAAUGCGUCGUCGUCGCCACGCGUGCACACUCCACGGAUCAAGAAACCGUUGGAAAUCAUCAACCCCCAGACCAAGAUGAGAGUCGGAUCCCCUGCAACAAAGUAAAGUUGUGUGGUUCUUAGGACAUAAAAUCAUCGGGUAUGAGUUGAGUUGUGCACACGGUUGAUGAUGGACCACGGAUUGGAUAGCUCUAUGAUUGAGUUGAAUGUAUAUUAUCACCAAAUUUUCAUUUCCAUGGCUUUUUUAUUACCAUGGAUCUUGGUUUGAGAAUAUCUUUUGAUUUUCAUUGUAUUUCAUCAAUAUUUAAUUUCAUUAACUUUGAUUUUCAAUUGAAAUUCAGUACUUUAUUGAUGAUUUUCAUACAUUCACGCUUUCCGAACUUGAACAAUAUUAGAAUUUUGACAAUAGAUUUAUUUAUUUUGGGGUCACUAUCAUCUGUCUGUUAUUGAAGUGCAUGCAUUGACUUUUAUGUCUUUUGAACAUUAUACAACUAUUUAAUGUUUUGUUUUACGAGGUUAUGGAUUUUGUCAUUAUUAUUUCAUUCUUAUUCUUAUUAUUGGUCCUGAUUGUACUUUUAUUUUUACCAUUCAUUUAUAAUCAAACAAUCUAAUCAGUGAGAACCUGACGUCCGGCGCAAGGCUGGCUGGUGUCUUCUCCAUGUCAUUU